GGAGGCAGUCAGCUCGGGGGGCGCUCCUUUGUAUUAAAAAAAACCACACGCGCCGGCACGUCUUGCGUUUGAUUGAAUUGUAGAAGACCCAGCCAGCCCCCUUGAUCAUCGAGGUGUCGGUUGAUGGCAUCCUCGAGUCGAUAGCUUCGACCCGUUCCAGUUGAAGCACAGUCGUCCAUCCGGCGCGCGGCCACGACUCGACAGACAGACAGACGGACAGACGGACAAGAGUCACGGCCAACCAACAAAGGACCACACACGGCUCAGCUCCCCAUCCAAUCGCCACAAUGAUGCGAGUCUCGGCCCUGGCGCUUCUAACCCUGAGCGUCGCCGGCUCGGCCGUCGCCGCUGCGCCAGAUAUCCGCCAACUGGAAGCCCAACUCUACCAACUUUCUGAGACUCUGCGGUGGAACGGCACUACUCAUGCAACCUACGCCCAUGUCGAGCCGGCCGCUCGCGCAGCGCACUCGACGCUCGCCGCCAUCGCCGGCAGCGACCCCGAGGCCGUCCCCCAGGCCGCGCUCUUUGCCGACGCCCUGGCCCGUCUCGUCGCCGAGAGCCACUACCUGACGGAGCUCUCGCGGGCCCGGGACUACCAGGCCGGGGUGCUGGACUCGGCCAUGUUCCUCAUCGGCAGCGUCAAUGAGUGGCACUACACCGUCAACCUCAUGGGCGACAAGCUGCGGCAGCCGUCCAGCUACCGGGAGCCGCCGCCUGGACGCAGCAAGGCCGGGGACAUAUCCAAGGCGACGAAGCCGGGUACCGAGUUCUGCGACCAUGACGCCGGGCCGACCAUGGUGGUCAUCCCCACGGGCACCUACACGGCCGGCUCGGACCACGAGGAGCAGGAGCACUGGAAGGUGCCCGUGAACCGGCGGCAGUACGAGCUGCCGCAUCGCCAGGUGCACAUCGCCACGCCGCUGGCCUUUAGCCGGACCGAGAUCACCGUCCGGCAGUUCGAGGCCUUCCUCCGUGACACCGACUACGAGCCUCGCGGCGGCGCCCGGUGGUGGGACCCGGCCGACCCGGGGGCCAUGGUGUUCAACCCCUCGCUCGGCUGGAGCGACCCGGGCUUCCCGCAGACGCCCGACUCGCCCGUCGUGGCCGUCACGCGGCAGGACGCCAAGGCCUACGCGCGGUGGCUGUCCGUCAUCACGGGCCAGACGUACCGGCUGCCCAGCGAGGACGAGUGGGAGUGGGCGGCGCGCGGCGGCUCCAACGACUCCUUCUUCUGGGGCCACGACCUGGACCACGUCAACCUGUACGCCAACUCGUACGACCAGACGGCCCGCGCCGCCAACAACUUCACCUGGGUGGCCACCAACGUGACCGACGGCUUCCCCUACACGGCGCCCGUGGCCUCGUUCCGGCCCAACGCCUUCGGGCUCUACGACGUGACGGCCAACGCCCGCGAGUUCAUGGCCGACUCGUGGGUGCCGGACCUGGCGCGCUCCCCCAACAACGGCUCCGUCCACCCGGACCCCGUGGCGCCGUUCCCCGUCGUCCGCGGCGGCGCCUGGAACUACCAGCCGCAGAACCUGCGCCUCAACUACCGGACUGCCUACUUUUCGAGCGAGGUUGCCACCAACAUGUUUGGCAUCCGACUGGUUCGGGAGCUCACUUAGUAACGGGUUGAAGGAGGAGGAGGGGCGGGAUCGGGUGGGAUUGGAUGGGAAAAAGGGGAAAGAACAUAGCCACAAAGGAAGAGGGGGGGGGGGAGCCGCUCCCGCAACUGUUGAUGUGAUGAUGUACCGACGCCUGAUGACCUCGUUGGUCUCUUUGCGUCCACGUCUCUUUGCCUUUUCAUUUCUCCGUAACACACUUUAGCAGCUCUCAUGUAUGUACGUACGACUGGAAUAUUAAAAGUUAAGCGGACAAGGAAGACGGGGCCAAAAAAAAAAAGAAAAACAAACCGCCUCAAUACACGCGCUUCAAGGACCAGCAAACAUCUGGCCUGUCCAAUAGUACCCGAGCCCCCCUUUCUCAUGUUG